AUGGGGCGGGAAGGGAGGAGGGAUAGUAGAGAGGGGUGGAGGGUAGGUCAGGGAGAGGCGAGGAGGGGAGAGGAGAUUGCGGUGGGGGAGGUGGAGGGUGAGGGAGGUGAGGGAGGUGUGGGGCUGGGUGGGAUGGGUGAGAGGAGUGGUGGGGUGGAUGGCCGGGGGGCGGCAUUUUUUGGUGCUAAUGGGCAUGGGUUGGCAGGUGAUGGUGGGUCCGAGAGGGAUGCGAGAGUCUAUGGGAUCUCUCAAAACUCAGAUAUGAGGAUGGGUGAUGGCGGCUGGAAUGGAAAGGGAGAGUUGGGGGGAGCUAGUGGGGGAGGAGAGGGGAGGAGUGAGAGAGAGGAUGGGGAGUUUGAGGAAGAUACAGGGGAGGAGGGAGGAGGAGGAGGAGGAGGAGGAGGAGGAGGAGGAGGAGGAGGAGGAGGAGGAGGAGGAGGAGGAGGAGGAGGAGGAGGAGGAGGAGGAGCGAGAGGGCAAGAGGGAGGGGAUGCUCUAAAUGGAGGAGGGAAAGGACAAGGAGUGAAUGGAGGGUCCAUGGAAGGUGGAGAGGGGAAGGGAGAGGAAAAAUUAGUUUGUGGCAAUGGGACGGUUGUGAGGGAACAGGUUGAGGAGGGUGCAGAUGGGUUCAGUGAGCAGGGAGGACCGACAGGAGCAGACGGCAAGGUAGAGGCAGAAGCAAGGGAAGAGAGAGCAUCAGGGGUGGCGAAUUCAAGACGCGUGGGUGAAGUGGGAAUUCAAGAAAAUCCUGAGAGGGUUGCUAGGGACAAGCCUAACGCUAGAGAGCCUAGCAGCAGGCCUGACUCGGAAAAGCACAUGAGUCUCAGCGGGUCUGAGAAGGACGCGAGCCUUGCUAGAGUCAAGCCUAUACAGCUCAUAAGUAGGCUUGACUCAGAGAAGCACGCCGCCAGCCUUGGCGCUGAGAAGGACGCGAGCCUUGACGUGACUCAUGUGCCGUGGGGAGCCAAUAGCAGCGAUCUCGUUGCCGAAGCUCUCAAGCGAGCUGCCGAAGCUGGAGUGCGGCUGGCAGCCCGAACUAGUCAAGCAGCAUGCUCCAAUGCGCUCCAUUCCACCCUCCUCGCUGCCGCACCCCUCGCCCCUGAUGCUCUCGCCCAUACACUUCCCAAGAAGCUCAACAUGCUCCUGGGACUUGUGCCUGUGCACCUGCUAUCCCAAAUCCCUUCCCCACUCACCAACAUGCUCCGAUGUGCUCCAUUCCACCUUCGUCAAUACCGCGCCCCUCCCCACUGCCUCUCUCUCAUACUUCCAGAUGAACUCAAUAGGUGCCAGCUGGUCGUCCGUGCUGCACAGCAGCAGCACCGGCGCCAGGGGCUGCAUAGGAGGGAGCAGGCAGGCCGACGGGGGUACGCAGGUGAGACAAUGUGA